UUGAGGGAAUGCAUGUGGUAUGCAAGUAAAUAUGGUAGUUGUACUAUGUGAAAUAAACCAUGAUUCCAGAUUCACGAUCCUCAACAAAUAGAAUUCAUGGGAUAAUUUUACUAAUUAGAAACCAUAAUUCAUGAAAAAUGGGCUGGCAAGAGAGGAUAUGCAAAUAGUCAAGGGAUCAAAGACAAGGAAAAUCUCCCAAAUUUUCACAGAGGAAAUAGAUGCAGGUGUUGUGCUUGGCUCAAUAUGUAGAGGUGGAGGUUAGAAAACUCUGUAUCGUGUGUCAUUUUGUUUUUUUUCCCUUAGUCUGCUUCAUCUGAUUCUUUUGAGGUGGGAGGUCCAAUUAUUAUAUCCUUUGUUUUAUAUGUAAGGAUCCCUUCAAAAUUAGUUUGCUGCAGGUGUCUGAGAUGGACAAGCUCCAAGUUGCAGCCCGGGUGUUGGAGGUGGACAAGUUUUGAGUGUGAAAUGGUAAUUGGAUUUCUGAGGAGGGAAUAAAUGCCCAAAAGCUCUAUUUUUGGGGAGAGGGUGGGGAAAGCUGUAUUAUAAAUCGAGAGAUGCAGUUGCUGAUGGUUGUCAAGAAUGGCCUGCUAGAGAUGGUGUUGCUUUCUGUAGUGUUCUAUGGUAAAGGUGAAAUCUGGUAUCUGUCUCUUCUGCAGUGGUGUCAGAAAUGUGCAUAUUAGUCAGCCAAGUCUGGAUUUAAUGAGGUAAUAGAUCAAGUUACAGAAAAAUGAUCUUAUCCUAAAUUUCAGAGCAAUGCAUCCAGAGUUCUUGAACUUCACAGCACCUUUCCUACCUUGCCUUUCCUUGUAUCAAAGUGACCUGCAUUUUGGUGGAGGAACACCAGGCUUUACUCUCUCCCAGUCUUCUGUUCCCAUGGUGACAGGACUGGUAGUUGAAUGGGGAGAUGAUGUUAAAGCAGUUACAGAAGAUGAAGCUGUGGUGCUGGUGAACCAUCAAGCAACGGGAGAUGUUUGCACUCUAAUGAUGUGCCUUCAGGAUAAAGGCAUGGUUGUCCGUCAGAUGAUGUGGCUGAUGGAUCAUAUAUUUAAGUAUACAAACUUUGGCAUUGUAUCUCUAAUCCAUGGAGACUUCUUUAUAAGACAGGGAAAAGCUCACCGUGACCAGCAGCUUGUGCUCCUCGAAAAACAUCUAGAAAAAUAUUACAGAAGCCGUAGUCGGAAGUGGAUUGUACUGUUUCCAGAAGGUGGCUUCCUUAGGAAAAGGAGGGAAACAAGCCAGGCAUUUGCCAAGAAAAACAAUUUGCCAUUUCUUCAGCAUGUCACCCUGCCAAGACUGGGGGCAACGCAAGUUAUUUUGAAAUCGCUCUUGGGUCAGCAAGAAAAUGGAACCCCAGCAGGUGGAGAUUCUAUGAAAGCAGAGAACAAAUUAAAAGGCCUGCAGUGGGUGAUAGAUAUAACCAUUGCGUAUCCCAGAGCUGAACCCAUAGACAUCCAGACUUGGAUUCUUGGCUACAGGCAACCAACAAUUACACAUGUACAUUACAGGAUUUUUCCAAUUAAAGAUGUACCUGCAGAGCCUGAAGCCCUCACCCAUUGGCUAUAUCAACGAUUCAUUGAAAAGGAGGAUCUCUUGUCACAUUUUUACAAAACAGGAGCAUUUCCUCCCCUACAGGGUCAAACAGCUGUUUCCCGGGAGAUGACCCUGAACAACUUGUGGUUGGUUGGCAUUCAGUCCCUUGCAUUUUUGUCGGGUGGUAUGUGGUACUGCAUCCUUCGGUAUUUUUAUCAUUGCCUAUUUUAGAAGUUGAAUGGGACCUGAGGACACUGAGAAACCAGGCUCUGGCAAAUGAGCAUCACGUGACGUGCAAAUGUGAAUAUUCAAGAG